UGUAAAUUACCCCAAUACCACCCGCUAUAUCCAUUUCUGUAAAUCCAAUUUUUUUUCAAUAUCAUUUUCUCAUCUCAAUUUAAAACCAUUUUAAUUGAAUAUUGAUUAUUUUAAAGGGAUGGAUAAGAAAAAGGUUGCCGUUCCGCUUGUAUGCCACGGCCAUUCUAGGCCCGUAGUGGAUCUGUUUUACAGUCCUAUUACUCCCGAUGGAUUUUUCCUCAUCAGUGCUAGCAAGGAUUCUACUCCCAUGCUCAGAAAUGGAGAGACUGGAGAUUGGAUAGGGACGUUUGAAGGUCACAAGGGUGCGGUGUGGAGUUGCUGCCUGGAUACCAAUGCUAUGCGUGCUGCAUCUGGUUCUGCCGAUUUUAGUGCGAAAGUAUGGGAUGCAUUAACUGGAGACGAGUUGCACUCAUUUGAGCACAAGCACAUCGUUCGAGCUUGUGCUUUUUCAGAG